AAGAUCGCUAGCUUCAUGCAGGCCAUCGAGGAUGUAAAUGCGGAGAUGAACAUCCUGCCUCCGAGGGUGCGCCUUCUUGGAGUGCCUCUGCCGAUGGAUAGGAAUCCCAUUAGAACUGCGCAGAACGUGUGCGAACACCUCAUCUCAUCUCAGGUCUACGCGGUCAUCAUCAGCCAUCCGACGGCUGGAGAGUUAUCUCCAGCUGCAGUAUCGUACACCUGUGGGUUCUAUAACAUCCCAGUCAUCGGCAUCAGCUCCAGGGAUUCUUCACUUUCGGAUAAGAACCUACACACAUCUUUCAUGCGGACCAUUCCUCCAUACUCCAACCAAGCAGAUGUGUGGAUCGAGAUCCUCAAGUUUCUCAACUACAAGUGCGUUACAUUCAUUCACAGCUCGGACAACGACGGACGAUCCACUCUGGGAAGAUUUCAAAACUUAGCCGACACCCCGAACAUCAAGGUGGAAGACAUAAUCGAAUAUGAAACUGGAAUAACAGAAAUAAGUCAAAGGUUGGAAGAGGCCCGAGGAAGGUAUUGCAGAGUGUUUAUACUGUACGCUAACACCGAAGAUGCGGAGAGCAUAUUUCGUGAAGUGGAUGCUUUGAACAUGACGUCACCAGGUUAUGUGUGGAUUGUAUCUGAACAGGCACUUUUGGCUCCCAACAAACCGGAUGGUGCAAUCGGACUAAAACUCAUCAAUGCAACAGAUGAAGAAGCUCACAUCAAAGACAGCGUCAUGGUGAUUGCCAGAGCAUUUCGCCAACUUUACUACAAUACGUCCACCAACAUCGAGUCUGCGCCCAGUGACUGCAGAACGCACGACAAAGAUUGGGAAACGGGUCUUAAAUUUAUUGGGUUUUUGAAGGAGGUCACGCUACAGAACGGAAGGACGGGCCGUGUUGCUUUUGACGACAAAGGUGACAGAAUAGAUAGUGAUUACGACAUCAUCAAUAUUAUCAACGGAAGGCCUUUUACAGUGGGAGAAUAUGUCUACUCUCAGUUUGAAUGUCAAAUGACCAUGUCCGUCAACGUGCAAGAUAUCGUGUGGCCGGGUGGUGAAACCAAGAAACCAAGAGGUUACAUUGUGCCAACACAUCUCAAGGUGGUCACAGUUGCGGAAAAGCCUUUUACGUGGAUCAGAGAAGUAGAAGAUAAGUCACAGUGUUUGGAAGAUGAGAUUUUCUGUCCUCGAAGAAACAAAACAAACGAUUUGCAUUGCUGUAAAGGUUACUGCAUGGAUCUUCUAAACGCUCUGGCCACCGAACUCAAUUUUACGUACAGCCUUUAUCAAGUUGAAGACGGACUGUACGGAAGUUUUGAUUUUGUGAAUGGAUCAGAAAAGAAAAUUUGGACAGGAAUGGUCGGAGAGUUGGUGUACGAAAGAGCAGAUAUGGUAGUGGCGCCACUUACUAUCAAUCCCGAACGAUCUCAAGCAAUAGAAUUCUCGAAACCUUUCAAAUAUCAAGGCAUCACUAUAUUGGAGAAAAAGCACCCCAAGAGUUCCACGCUGGCUUCUUUCUUGCAACCUUUUCAAAAGACCUUGUGGAUCCUCGUGAUGGUAUCGGUUCACGUCGUAGCUCUGGCUCUGUAUUUACUUGAUCGCUUCAGCCCCUUUGGUCGCUAUAAACUGCCCAGCAGCGACGCAACGGAAGAAGAUGCUCUAAACCUCUCCAGUGCUAUUUGGUUUGCCUGGGGAGUACUGCUCAAUAGUGGAAUAGGUGAAGGAACUCCUCGCAGCUUCAGUGCCCGUGUCCUGGGUAUGGUAUGGGCGGGCUUCGCCAUGAUCGUGGUAGCAUCCUACACUGCCAACUUGGCAGCUUUCCUCGUCCUCGACAGGCCAGAAACCUCACUCACUGGUAUCAACGACGCCAGGCUGAGAAAUCCGAUGGACAACUUCAAGUAUGCCACGGUCAAAGGCAGUUCCGUCGAUAUGUACUUCCGGAGACAAGUCGAACUGUCCAAUAUGUACCGAACGAUGGAGGGGAAGAACUACGAUAGUGCGGAGGAAGCCAUAGCAGCUGUCAAAUCAGAUGCCUUGAGCGCCUUCAUUUGGGACUCCUCUCGGUUGGAAUACGAGGCCGCCCAGGACUGCAACCUGGUGACGGCGGGCGAACAGUUCGGUCGCUCAGGGUAUGGCAUUGGCCUACAGAAGCACAGCCUAUGGGCGGACCAGGUCACGCUCGCUCUGCUAGGCAUGCACGAGAGUGGUUACAUGGAAGAAUUAGAUAAUCGGUGGAUAUUACAAGGCAGUGAAACAUGCGAAAAAAACGAAAAAUUUCCCGCAACACUGGGCUUGAAGAAUAUGGCAGGGGUUUUCAUUUUGGUCGGAGCCGGAAUUGUAGGAGGCGUGGGUCUGAUCAUCAUCGAGAUUGUCUACAAGAAGCACCAGACGAGGAAACAGCGGCGGAUGGAACUCGCACGCCACGCUGCAGACAAGUGGAGGGGAGCUGUGGAGAAGAAGAAAACUUUGCGUGCCAAUCUGCCAGUCCAGAAGCGGCAGCGAGCCAACGGCAUGGAGGCCUACACGAUCGAAAAGGGCAUGCGGGGACUCAUGCACCAGCCCAUGCCCCGUAAUCCUCCUCUGCCUCCGAGGUCCCUGAGGAUCGCCCACGAAGUCAUCAGCUCCGCGCAGCCCAUGGAAAUGGAGGCCAUCAGGGCGCCGGACAUCGACACGGAUCUGCUGCCGCCGCCCCCUCCCCCUCCGGCUUCGAGUCCGGCCGUCCGGAUGAGGGUGGGUGGCAGGGUGGCUUACGCAGCGCCACCUGGCAGGGGAGAACCCGGUGUCUACAGCAGUGGUGAUGCCAUUGACAUACCCGUCUAAUAAUGUGCUCAUGAAGAGAAGCAAACACGAAUUAUAUUCACGUGAAACGAGUGGAAAUAAUUUUAUCGUUACACAUACCAUUCUUUAGUAGCCCUCUUUUUUAAAAAGAUUAUUAUUUCGUUUAAUUAAAGUAUAAACAAAAUACGCUGAUAACCAACGGUGACCACCUUCUGAAGUCAUACCUGCCAACCUAUCUGUCCAGAAUUGCAGUAAAUGUACCAAAAAAAAAAAAAAAAAAAAAAGGCAGAAGAAAUAGGCAAAAAUGUAGAAGACUUAACGUGACAUUAUUUUGUGAGAUAAAAUUAACACAGAUGUUCAGAUUUGACGAUAAAAGUACGCACCGAAAUAUGUUACUAUAAAUGCUAAUACUCAGAUAAUUUAUCAGAGAAAUUACUAUAAAUUGUAACAAAGAAAAUUUUUUAACUAAAAUUGCAAACAUAAAGUUUCAUGUCAUUCAUGAAACAAUUGAAAAACACGUUAUGCUUAAAAAAUAUAGGAAUAAAUUAUACCACAGCAAAAAAAAAAAAAAAA